AUGACCCGAGUAUGUGACAAGCUUAUUGAGGUUUUCUUGGUUGACAAGCCCACUCCAACUGACUGGAGAAGAUUAUUAGCUUUCAGUAAGGAAUGGGAUGAUAUCCGGCCUCAUUUCUAUAAGCGCUGUCAGGACCGGGCAGAUACUGAGGAUGAUCCUGGAAUGAAGCAUAAACUACUACGGCUUGGGCGGAAAUUGAAAGAGAUUGAUGAAGAUGUGCAAAGACAAGAUGAACUUCUUAAAGUCGUUAGAGGGGCUCCAUCAGAAAUUAGUGAAAUAGUUUCCAGACGUCGCAAAGAUUUUACACAAGAAUUCUUUGUGCAUGUUCACACUGUUGCUGAAUCCUAUUACGACAAUCCCACAGAGCAAAAUGGUUUGGCAAGUAUUGGAAAUACGUGCUUGGCUGCUGUACAAGCAUAUGAUUCUGCAACUGAAAGCAUUGAAGCACUGAAUGCUGCAGAGUUGAAAUUUCAAGAUAUUAUCAACUCUCCUUCUGUUGAUGCUGCUUGUAGGAAGAUAGAUCACUUGGCUGAGAAAAGUCAACUCGACUCAACAUUGGUGAUGAUGAUUACAAAAGCUUGGUCAGCUGCCAAGGAGUCGAGCAUGACAAAAGAUGAGAAGCUCAUGCCAAAAGAAAUUCGGAUAAUUAAGUAUCUUCUCACAAUUGAGGAUCCUGAGGAGCGUCUGUCUGCAUUACAUGAUGCAUUUACCCCAGGAGAGGAACUUGAAGGGAAGGAUGUAGAUAACCUAUUCACGACUCCAGAGAAGCUCCACACCUGGAUAAAGGCUGUUGUGGAUGCUUACCAUUUCAGCCAGGAAGGCACUCUAAUAAGGGAAGCAAGAGACCUCAUGAAUCCAAAGAUCAUUCAAAAACUGGAGGAGCUGAAGAAGACCGUCUAUUUAUCUCAGCUAAACUUUGGAAAUACAAGAGAACCCUAG